GCGAAAAUGUUGCGAUACGGCGGUGCCGCGUCACACUUAUUGUGGACAUCUGAAGUGCUCUGAGGACUCACGUCGCGCAGAAAACACCGAAGUUAAUCACUGAAGUCUUGGAUCAGCGUCCCUACCUGCAACGUUUGGAAGAAAUAGGAUGAUCGUCUGCGUCGGGCCCAAGGGUUGUGGCAAGACGGCGCUGCUGAAAUGCCUGCAGCAACGUAUAAGCGGCAAAGGAAGAAACGUCGAGUUACAGGACACGCGGCCUACCAUAGGAGUCAACAUGACGCUGCUGAAAAUCUCCAAGGACAAGACGUGCCACGUGCGCGAAGUGGGCGGCGAGAUGGCGCCGUUCCUUCACCAGCAGACCUCUGACGCCACGGGUGUGAUGUACGUGGCUGACUCUUCGAACGUGUUUCAGUUUGGCGAGACUUACGUCACUCUUCUGGACCUGCUCACCCUCGAGAACCUGAAGAGCGUCCCUUUCCUGUUGGUCUUCAGCAAAACCGAUGCCAACCAGGCCGUGCCUUUGGAUGAGUACAAGGACGCCAUGAGGCUCGCCGACGUGCUCAGUGCCGCCACCCAGGACAUUGCAACGGUGGACACGAGCUCUUUGACUGGUUACGGGAUGGACGAGAUCAUCGAGUGGAUGGCACGUGUCACUGCAGGCUGACCCUCGGGCACUGAAACGGUCAUAUGUUCGGGCCCAUUCAUUAGAGGCCUUGGAUGGCGAUGACCCCUAGCCAUUGGGUCCCCAAGCUCUUGCGUUCGUUUGUACACUCCCGUGGGCACGUAGCCAGGAACUUUUUUUCGGAAGGAUGGGGGAGGGGGGGGGGGCACUUGAUGAAGGCCUUGACUAUUUGAGGAAAGCACCUAUUUUUCAGUACCUUAAUGAAAACCAGCAAAUAAUCAAGCCAAGGAAGGUAUAUGGGGACGUUAAUUUUCGUGGUUUAAGUGUAAUGUAGUGAUUGUUUUCGGUAUUUGUAGUAAUUAAUGUGUAUAAUAAAUAAAUAUAUUAAUUAAUAAUCGUAUUAAUUACCGUGUGCGUGGCUUUAAACAUUACUUCAUUAAUAGCUUUAUAUUCUUAGUUUUUAGAUUAAUCUCCCUUAUAUUUUUGUACGGACGGUUGGGGAGGGGAGGGGAUACUCCUCGGGCUCCUAUCUCGCCCCUGAUGGCAGCAGCCCUGCUCUCCCCGCAUUCUUCUGUUGACCAGUCUCCCCCUCCCCCCAAUGGGAACUACAAUAUAACGCAAGAGCUUGGGCACGCAAGGCGCGCUUUGAGGCCCGGGCACUAAAGCUAUCUAUUGACUGAUGGUUGUAGUAGUUAUGUAUAUGGAACUUCUGCUUGCUGGCUGUAAAACUACUGGAACAAUAUAUAAAAAUAAUUGUGGGAAAAUAUUGAUCUUUGAUAACGUACAGACAUGUGAGUCACUCGCACUGCGACUCAUGUUGGUUAUGAUGAUACCAGAGAAGUACAACUGUGCUUUGCUACUCGUUGUUCCA